AUGGGGAGGACUGGGGUCACGCAGCCACCUCCAUUCACCAAGUACCUGCAUUGCUACUUUUGUCUCCUGGAGACCCAAGUUGGGUGUCUUCUGGGUUUGGAUGUCUGCCUGGGCAGCAGCUGCAUCAUCCUGCACAUAAAGAACGGAACUGAAUCCCGGACUUGUGCCUGGGUCCUACCACACAUCACUGUCCUACCCUCUUCUGCUGUGGAAACCAUUCCUCUUCUGCAGCCCAACCUUCAGUACACCCCGGCACCCGUUCAUGGUAACUGCCGCAGCCGGGAGCAGGUGAAGGCCUGUUCACACGCCCCUGCCUUCCCAGCGUUUGGCUUUUGGAUAGUCUACCAACACUGCUUCUGAGAUUUCUGCAACAAUCCAACAAACAGGAGGAAAAAAGUGUGUACCAUCACCUGA